AUGAUGCUGUUACCACCUAUACGUCUGGCUAUCUGGGGCCCCUUACUUCUAUACAUCGGCCCCUCCAUCGCCACCCAGGUAGACCUCUCCCAGUAUGUGAAUCCAUUUAUAGGUUCCGAAGGCCCCGAGGCAGGCACUGCCUUCGGCGGAGGUGAUAUUUUUGUUGGUGGUGCGCUACCAUUCGGCGUAGCCAAAGUUGGACUUGACACGACUGCCGCAAACUGGACCACCGCCACUCUCAAUGGUGGGUGGACGCCCGAUGGAAAUGUCACUGGUAUCAGUAUGAUGCAUGAGAGUGGCACUGGAGGGUCGCCCAAGUAUGGGAUUGUCUCUCAAAUGCCAUUGACCUCUGUUGAGUUGCCUGUCAACGUACUUGAUAAUUUGACUUAUAGUCAACCAAGGGUUGGCAACGAUACUGCCAGAGUUGGCUAUUUCAAAACUCAUUUGGAGAACGGAAUUACCGUGGAAUUGUCAGCAUCGCGCCAUGCAGGGAUUAUGGAGUAUUCAUUCCCCGAGGGGGAGAAGCAUGUGCUGAUCGAUGUGUCUCACUAUCUACCUGGCUCUCCCGGGGAUUCUAAUUGCCAGUCAUUUGCCGGAGGCGAGAUACAGAUCGAGGCCAAUGGCAAAGCCUACAGUGGAUACGGAACGUAUGCUGGUGGAGCACCUUUCACGAUUUACUUUUAUGGAGAAUUCGCCAAUUCCCCUGAUCAUUCACAGACGUUUUCCGGGGUGAAUACAGACCCGAUGCCACGGUCCCAAGGUCUAGCCAAUGGCGGGAUGAGUGAGCCAAUGUUCACAAAUACUUCUAGCAAAGUGACCUCAGGCUUAAUGAACAACCGAGUCGGGUUGCUAUUUAGUUGGAAUGAUGGACCUGCUUCACACGUUACCUCGCGCGUCGGUAUUUCCACUAUCUCCGUUGACCGGGCACGCUCCUAUGUUCAAAAAGAGAUUCCAUCAUGGAAGCUUAAUGAUGCAGUAGCCGCUGCAGUGAAAGAAUGGAAUGAAGAUGUAUUCAACAAGGUCAAAGUCCCAUUGGGUAGUUCAGCCAACAUGACGCAUGUCAGACUGUUGUACAGCUCAUUGUACUUUAUCCAUCUCAUGCCUUCGGAUCGAACGGGCGAGAACCCACUCUGGGACUCGGGGGAGCCUUAUUGGGAUGACUUUUAUACCAUGUGGGACAUCUUCCGCUGCACAGUCAGCUUUUACCAUAUCUUCCAGCCCGAGUAUUAUGAGUCUAUGAUUCGAGGUCUGAUCGACAUCUGGAAGCACUCAGGGUAUAUGCCCGAUGGGCGUUCCGGAAACUGGAACGGAUUAGUUCAAGGUGGUUCCGAUGCAGACAAUGUACUGGCAGAUGCGUACGUCAAAGGUCUGCGAGGCGGAAUCAAUUGGACAGAAGGCUAUGCAGCGAUGAAAAGAGACGCAGAAGUUACACCAUACAACACCUUUGACCCAACCGACUUUUCAGCAAGCACGAAGGAAGGCCGUGGUGCGCUAGACGACUGGAAAGAGCUUGGAUUCGUAUCGCAAGAUCGGAAUACUCGCUGUAUCUCGCGCACAGUCGAAUACAGCCUCAAUGAUUUUGCAGUCAGCCAGGUUGCUGCUGGAGAGAUGCCCAGUGAUCAGGAAAAGUAUCUCAACCGGUCUGCGGGGUGGCAGAAUAUCUGGAAUACGGAUGUGAAGAGUUUGGGCUUUGAUGGAUUCCUGGCACCUCGCUUUUCGAAUGGUUCAUUCAAUAACAGUGGCUAUGACCCGCUCUAUUGUUAUGGGUGUGAGUGGAAAGAUUACACUUAUGAGGGCACUCCAUGGGAAUACUCCUUUGUUAUCCCCCAUGAUGUGAAGACUCUGAUUGAGUUCAUGGGGGGCGCGAAAAAAUUCGAGUCUCGACUUGACGUGAUGGUAAGCCGCACUUCCAACAUUGUAAGCUAG